AGACCACAGCACGGCAUAUACAGACAUAUAUGACACAGACGAACACGAAAGCACUCGAGGAGAAGAGGAAAGUACAAGAAACUUAUAAAACGAGCACCUCAAAAAAGUGGGAAAGGACAUAUCAUCUAAAGCGGAGGACAGGCAUUAGAUCAAGAUGGCCGAAACUAUGGUGAGGCCGAGGCCACUCGGUGAUUUGAGACUUCAUCUUCAAGUAGACACGAAUGCCGGGGCUAACGACGUCCAAGGCAUUGUGAGAAAUCGGCGACAGCGCUUGAUGAAACUGCCGAUCUCAAGAGGACGUUUUGAUGUAGCUAGCUUUCAAGAUCACGGCCACCCAGGUUUUGUGAAAUAUAAUGAUGACACCCUUGCUCCUAAUCGAGACAAUUACCCAAUUAUUGACCCAACUAGUGGGUUUGUAUCGGUUGCAGCAGAUGUGGACAGAAAUACGGGGGUCAAGAAUAUACCGAACAUGCAGCAGUCGGACAAUCCACCAAACACAGUCACCCCGUUCUCACCGCGACCGACGACCACUCUUGCUCACAGAGACAAGGUAAAGGAGUCUGACUCGCGGGAGAGCAGUGGAGCCAUGAAUCCUUUGAGAGCUUCUGCCCCUGCUUCCUUGCAAUACAAUGAUCCUCAGUUGCAGAAGACAAGAGUUUUAAAUGAUCCCGGUACUUGGAAUAGCAGGAAAAUAAGCGAUGCCAUGAUACGAGCAAAGCUAGGAGGCUGGACAAGUGAUAAAGAUCCCAGAAAGACAGAGAAAGAGCAGGACCUUAUAUGGCAACAGAUUCAUUCCAAGAACAUUAAAAAUCAAGCAAAUGUCAUUGACAAAGCUGAAGAUUGGAAAGAUGAGGCAGCACUGAGAUAUGUCUACUUACCCUCUACCCAAAGGGCAUAUGAAGCGGUGAACUGGGAUGCCAAAUUGGCGCCCAAGGUCCUACCCCCAGCCACCACCCUGGAGAGACAACCAGACCCGGUUUCACAUCGCUUCAGUGUGAACAAACGUUAUGAGUCUGCCGCACAGCCAUGGCAGAAUCUUGGAAGAUCAUUUGACAUGUUUCAGAUCAGAGAUGGUUUUCAUAUCAAAGGACCGAUUGAAUUCUGUAGCCCCCAUCGGAAGAACUACCAGAUUCCCAACUACACUGGUUUUGUCGGAGGUUUUGGCGAGCGAGAUCAUCCUCAGCAGUAUUUCUUCCCUUCUGCUGUCCAGAGAACCAGCCUUCCCUGGUACACAGACACAGCAAAUCGGCCAAACAUCCCUGGUUAUACAGGCUGUACACACUGGAAGUCUGAGAAACCAGCAAAUGCUAAUGUGCCCAUCCCGCCACCACAAACUACAGCUAGAGUUCACAGGAUUGACCGGUAUGACCCGAACCAGUCAGCGCACAAGAGGACGUCACGAAUGUCCAAGAUGGUCACUUUGGUACCACCCUGCAACCCGUUCAACAAAGUGGACAAGGAUGAGAGGACAUUAGAACAGUAUAGGUAAAAGCCAUGUUACCAUGGUAACU